AUGAAUGCUGUGCCGUGUUUAACUUGGAUAAAGCGAGGGGUCGCUAAAUCUAAUCCGGACAAGGUACAGCUUGACAAGGAAAUACUGCGUCGAAUUAUUGAAGAGACAAAAGAAGAGAUCAAAGAACAUGAAGAUGGGGAGAAUGGGGAAGGCACAGAUGAAGAGGCUGAAGUAGAUGCGAUUGCAGACAAAAAACAAACUAAAGGAUCACCUUCUGAGGUUGGUCCCUCAACAUCUGGGGAAGGAAGCAGUUCAUCUAAUGAAAAAGUGACAAAACGAAAAUUAGAUGAUUCCGAUAUGGAUCUAGAUGAUGCUGAUAUCAUAGAUAAAUAUGGAUUGGAUGACUAUGAUGAUGAAGAUGUCUAUUUCCAGCAAGGAAUUGGUAACAUAGUUUAUUAUGCUGAUAAUGAUGAGGACCCAUAUUUGUCAAAAGAUGAUCCUGAAGACAGUGAUGAAGAAGACUUUGAAAUUCAAGCCACAGACAAUUUACUUGCUGUUGGGUGUUCACAAAAGGAUUCUUGUCUCUUGGAGUUUUAUGUUUAUGAUGAACCAGGAAAUUGUUUGUUUGUUCACCAUGAUAUCAUUCUGCCUUCCUUUCCUUUGGCUGUCGAGUGGCUGGAUUUUGAUCCCUCUGAUGACAAACCAGGCAAUUUUGUGGCUGUUGGUUCAAUGGCGUCAACAAUUGACAUUUGGGAUGUAGAUUUAAUGAAUUCCCUUGAGCCUGUCAUGGUUCUGGGGAACAAAAAGAGUCAAAAAAAGAAUAAAAAGAAAGGAUCCGUUCUUGGCCACACAGAUUCUGUGAUCGAUUUGUCAUGGAACCAAAAUGCAAGAAAUGUCUUGUCCAGUGCUUCUGCUGACUGUACAGUAGGUUUGUGGGAUUUGUCAGAAGCAAAAGCUGUUGCCUCAAUCAGGAAGCAUGAAGACAAAGUUCAGUGUGUGAAUUGGCACCCUGCAGAAUCGCAGACCCUCCUGACUGGUGGUUUUGACAACACAGUACGAUUAUUUGAUUGCCGUGAUGCAAGCUACAAUCACAAAACCUGGAACUUUGGGGGUGAAAUUGAAGCAACUGUUUGGAACCAUUUUAAUCCUUUUUAUUUUUAUGCAAGCACCAACACUGGUCAUGUUUACUAUACUGAUGUUCGACAAGCCAAACCUGUUUAUUCCCUGUCUGCUCACAAUACUUCUGCUUCCUGCCUGGCCUUGUGUCCCACAAUACCAGAACUCCUCUUAACUGCUUCCGAAGAUAAAACAGUCAAAAUCUGGAAUGUCAAAGACAACCAACCAAAACUUGUGGUUACUAAAGACAUGGGACUGGGUGGAAUAAUGUGUGUUCUUCCAUGUCCAGAUUCUCCUUUUGUCUUUGCUAUUGGAGGUGAAAAGAACAUGAAAGUUUUGGAUAUUCGCCAAUCUUCUGAAGUGAGAGAAUAUUUCAACACCGGAGAAAGCUCAGGAAUUUGUCUUGAUGGCACAAAGAUUGAUGAGAAAGAAGAUGAAGAAGAUAUGCUUGUGAAAAGAACGAUCUCUAAUGUCAUAUCUGCUGGCAUAGGCUUAUAUCCACUUUUCACUGUGACCACUGCCCCUAGGGGUCGUCUGUGUACUUUUGAAUACUAA